GGAACUCUGCCCCAUCUCUCCCUCUUUACAUAAAUACUCUACCUUAAGCCAAACCCCAAAACUGCAUAAAUCUUCACAUCCCAUAUUAAAUCAAUAAGGGAUUGUUUCAACUACUUAGCUCAGAGGACGAAUAAUCCAUAAUCUAUAAAUAUGGGAUUUGCCAACAUUCUCUCCACCUUUUGUCUAUUGGGGCUAACCCUAACCCUAGCUUCUACUGCCCCCAUCUUGGCCAAAAGCUACCCUAAAAACUACGUUGAUGCACACAACGCCAUCCGUGCAGAAGUUGGCGUCGACCCUCUUCAUUGGAACUCGACUUUGGCUGCUUAUGCUCAAAAUUACGCCAACACGAAGAUCGCUACUUGUCAAAUGGAGCACUCGGGAGGACCUUACGGCGAAAACCUAGCAGAGGGAUACGAAGAGAUGACAGCUGAGAUGGCGGUGAGUCUCUGGGCUGACGAGAAGAAACAUUACGACUACAACUCGAACACGUGCACGAAUGACGCUAGCAAUUGCCUCCAUUAUACACAGUUGGUAUGGAGGAACACAAAAUCUGUUGGGUGUGCAGAAGUGAAAUGCCAAAACAAUUGGGUGUUUUUGAUAUGCAGCUAUUAUCCUCCAGGCAACUAUAUAGGCCAACGUCCAUAUUAAACUUUUAGAAGGGUGAAUUACAAGGCUACUUCUAUAUAUAUAUAUAUAUAUAGAUAUAUGGGG